AUGGUCGUCGCCACGCUCAUCAAAGCUGAAUAUCGUUUGGCCAACCCGGAAUCACCGCUCCCUCUUCCCAAACGCCGUGGUCUCGUUGGCAUCCAUUGCCCGGUCUGCUCGACCCCUAUGAAGUACCUGAAGUCCAACGAGGAUUCCUGGCUAAUCGGCUGCCCCACCCCCAAUAACUCGCACAACUGGAAAUGGUGGCGCUGUGACCAACUCAACCACGAGCUAGCUCUCCUCAACUUAGGCGCACCAAGGCCCAUAAUCUCAUCUGAGUCAGACUGGGGUCCUCGUGUGUCACCUACUGGUCAAAUCCUCGAACCAAAGCCACAUCCCAAUCAAAGGGACGGUUCCAAUCAUCGUCACCACCCCUACUUGCAACCGCCCCUCGAAAACACAACAACUCAUCAUACGUCAGCACGCGCUCCGCGCUCGACACCGGUGGUGAAAUGUCAACGCUCAGUAGAGGGGCCUACUGCUCAAAGCCAUAAAAGUGCCGCUAACAAAGCAUGUUUAUCUCAGUACUGCCGUGGCUGCUGCCUGGCGUUCGGCUCACCUCUUUGUCGCCAACACCCUUGCGUUUUGCCAAGUGCAGCACCUCUGGACAUUGACAUGCCCAUCAACCCCACGAGUUCGACCCACCUGACUCCACACCUUGCGGCAAGCACCUUCACUGGCUCAAAUGGAGGCCGCUCUUCGAGAGCACCAGCAUCCCAAGCCCAACCACAUCAGUGGGCCCAAGCAUCCAACACCCUGGGCCGCCGGAUCGACGUACAAUCGGUGGCAUUAAUUCAACAACUACGGGCUCAAAGAGACCAAGCUGCACAGUUGAAGGCAAAUAGCCUCAUCGAAGAGAAGCACAUGGCCACCAUUCAUCUAUGGGUUAAGGCUGACGAAAAGCAGGCCAUCACGGCCAAGUUUCCUCAAUGGCCCCUCGUCCGCCUGGACCAAAGUCCGCUACUGAUACAGGCGGUCAUCAAGGUACUUGGCUCGCAAUGGAACCAAGCGCUCAGCUUUUGGGACGAGGAAAUAUACGCCUGGCACGACACCCUAGUCAGUUAUCCCCACCGCUACGCCUCUCGCACGAUAGUUGUGCGCCUCCCCAACGUCACUUUACCCGUCUCUGUCAUUCCGGUCACCAUCCAAGCUGGUGCAGACCUUGACUCUGCACCAGGAUCACAGCUUCCUCAAACCGCCCCGAGCACACCAAGUCUGACACAGUCUGGGCAAAACGCUGUGAAUCCCAGCGAGGCAGAGCAAACCAACAUAGAUGAGCCCUCCGCAUCGGUAACCCUUAAAAAGCACUGGCCCUCUCCAAAACUCCUCAUCGCCAACCUCCUUCAAUGGUAUCAGGAGACAGUCGAUGGUAACAUCAAGGAGAAGUGGAUGGACCAAUAUGGUGGUGAAUGGCAGUUAAAGACCGCCACAAUGUAUCGAUACCGCUCCUGGAUCAACGAAGUCACCUACCCAAGAUUUCACGCCAAGUAUGGCUCUCAACCACGAGCCGCCGUUGGCGAGGCUCGCAUAUUCUACAAGGCAGAGUUUAACAGAGUCGCAUAUGUCAAAGCCAAAGAGGAGAACGAGCCAGCGGAAAUUGGUCAGUACUGA